ACGUAGGGUUAACUUAAGAUGAAGGCGGAGUUGAUUCUUCUGACGUCUGUUGACACAGAACCCACCUCUUCCUGUCGGUGUCAGAAAGGCAACUUCACCAUAUUUAGCUGGCUUGCCGAAGCCCCGCGGAGUUGAUCUCUCAACCAGACUGGAAAUCUUGGCACUUAUCGGCGAAUACUGCCCGGUGUUGACAGCUUUAUUUUGGCACCGCGAUACUACAAACUACAGAAGACGAUGUCAUUGGGAUAUGGUGCUGGGGAAACGGGGCCGUGACAACGGCUGUUUUUAACGCGAUAAAAGUAACGUUAGACGUCGUCUCUGUCUGUCAGAAUUCCAACUAACGUUAACGUUAUCCAACAGCCGAGCUAGUCAGCUAGCUAAUUACUGUAGCUACCCUGACGUUCGCUGUGCAGUAGCUAGCUAGACACGAAUUUAUGUCGUCUCUGUUAAAGUACAUAUUUCGGUAGGAAUUCAUUUGGACUCCGUGACCCCGCUAUGAUGAUAUCCUGACAGUUCCUCUCUAGCGGGCUAACUUGGCUAACUAGCAGGUCUUCACUGCCACAGUGUCGCGUUGAGCAACCGGUAGCUUUCGCCGUGGCAGUGGAAUCCGAUUGGAUACGUUGACCGUGCGCGAACGGUGGUGUGCGGACACGGGGGCGCCGAAGACCCCCGGCAGGGCAAAAACGACCGUAACCGAAGGGCCCCUGUUGACAUUCUGCAGGGAGAGGAGCUAACCGAGAGCAGGGCACUCGGCCAUUCGGCGCGGCAGAGGCGGUGCACUGCCGAAGGAGACACCGGAUUGAACGGAGGAAGAGUCCCAAACGUUUGACUACUGUGAUCCGGGAAGUGAUCCGGACAGAGACCUCAUGAAUGGAAAUCGGAACUACAGGAGCCGUUGGGGCCCAGUCCCUGUUUGCCAUGCCUCGGCGGCCUGGCUAUGGCACCAUGGGGAAGCCCAUCAAGCUGCUGGCCAACUGCUUCCAGGUGGAGAUCCCCAAGAUGGAUGUCUACCUCUACGAGGUGGACAUCAAGCCUGACAAGUGCCCUCGGCGAGUCAACAGGGAGGUGGUUGACUCAAUGGUACAGCACUUUAAGGUGACAAUCUUUGGGGAUCGCAGGCCAGUCUAUGAUGGAAAGAGGAGCCUGUACACAGCCAACCCACUGCCUGUGGCCCCGCAGGGAGUGGACCUGGAUGUCACUCUACCAGGGGAUGGAGGGAAAGAUCGCCCCUUCAAAGUUUCCAUCAAGUUUGUGUCUCUGGUCAGCUGGCACAUGCUCCACGAGGUGCUGACUGGCCGCAGCAUGCCUGAGCCCCUGGAGCUGGACAAGCCCAUCAGCACCAACCCUGUGCACGCUGUGGAUGUAGUGCUGCGACACCUGCCCUCCAUGAAGUACACUCCGGUGGGUCGAUCCUUCUUCUCUGCUCCAGAGGGCUAUGACCAUCCCCUGGGAGGUGGGAGGGAGGUUUGGUUCGGUUUCCAUCAGUCCGUGCGCCCUGCCAUGUGGAAGAUGAUGCUUAACAUUGAUGUGUCUGCCACCGCCUUCUACAAGGCCCAGCCAGUCAUCCAGUUCAUGUGUGAAGUGCUGGACAUCCACAACAUAGACGAGCAGCCUCGCCCUCUCACAGACUCGCACCGGGUCAAAUUCACCAAAGAAAUCAAAGGUUUGAAGGUGGAGGUGACGCACUGUGGAACCAUGCGGAGGAAGUACCGCGUCUGCAACGUGACCCGUCGGCCUGCCAGCCAUCAAACGUUCCCUCUACAGUUGGAAAAUGGUCAAACUGUAGAGCGCACUGUAGCCCAGUACUUCAGGGAAAAGUACAACCUGCAGCUGAAGUACCCACAUUUGCCCUGUCUACAAGUGGGUCAAGAGCAAAAGCACACAUACCUGCCCCUGGAGGUGUGUAACAUUGUAGCAGGUCAACGAUGCAUCAAGAAGCUGACAGAUAAUCAGACCUCCACUAUGAUCAAAGCCACAGCUCGCUCUGCACCCGACAGACAAGAGGAGAUCAGCAGGCUGGUACGCAGUGCCAACUACGAGGCGGACCCUUUUGUGCAGGAAUUCCAGUUUAAGGUGCGCGACGAGAUGGCCCAUGUGACGGGGCGAGUGCUACCCGCCCCCAUGCUGCAGUACGGCGGCAGGAACCGCACUGUAGCCACGCCCAGCCACGGGGUGUGGGACAUGAGGGGGAAGCAGUUCCACACCGGGGUGGAGAUCAAGAUGUGGGCCAUCGCCUGUUUCGCCACGCAAAGGCAGUGUCGAGAAGAAAUACUAAAGGGUUUCACAGACCAGCUGCGUAAGAUCUCUAAGGAUGCUGGGAUGCCCAUCCAGGGCCAGCCAUGUUUCUGUAAAUACGCCCAGGGAGCGGACAGUGUGGAGCCCAUGUUCAGACACCUGAAGAACACCUACGCCGGACUGCAGCUCAUCAUCGUCAUUCUGCCGGGAAAGACUCCUGUCUAUGCCGAGGUAAAGCGCGUGGGAGACACCCUCUUGGGCAUGGCCACGCAGUGUGUCCAGGUGAAGAACGUGGUGAAGACGUCACCUCAGACCCUCUCCAACCUCUGCCUCAAGAUCAAUGUGAAGCUGGGAGGCAUCAACAACAUCCUGGUGCCUCACCAACGACCGUCAGUGUUUCAGCAGCCAGUUAUCUUCUUGGGAGCAGAUGUGACACAUCCGCCUGCUGGAGAUGGGAAGAAGCCUUCAAUUGCAGCAGUGGUAGGCAGUAUGGACGCCCACCCCAGCAGAUACUGUGCCACUGUGCGGGUCCAGAGGCCCAGGCAGGAGGUUAUCCAGGACCUGGCCUCCAUGGUGCGGGAAUUGCUGAUCCAGUUCUACAAGUCAACCCGCUACAAGCCCACCAGGAUCAUUUUCUACAGGGAUGGAGUUUCAGAAGGCCAGUUCAGACAGGUGCUGUAUUAUGAGCUGCUGGCCAUUCGUGAGGCCUGUAUCAGCCUGGAGAAGGAGUACCAGCCAGGCAUCACCUACAUUGUUGUGCAAAAACGCCACCAUACACGCCUCUUCUGUGCCGACCGCAACGAGAGAGUUGGACGUAGUGGAAACAUUCCUGCUGGUACGACCGUAGAUACGGACAUCACACAUCCCUACGAGUUUGACUUUUACCUCUGCAGUCACGCUGGAAUACAGGGCACCAGUCGGCCCUCCCACUACCACGUACUGUGGGACGACAAUUGUUUUACCGCUGACGAGUUCCAGCUGCUCACCUACCAGUUGUGCCACACCUAUGUGCGCUGUACCCGCUCCGUCUCCAUCCCUGCGCCAGCCUACUACGCCCACCUGGUGGCCUUCCGUGCCCGCUACCAUCUGGUGGACAAAGAACAUGACAGCGCUGAGGGCAGCCACGUGUCUGGUCAGAGUAACGGUCGGGACCCCCAGGCGCUGGCCAAAGCUGUUCAGAUUCACCACGACACCCUGAGGACCAUGUACUUCGCCUGAGCUAAACCAACCCUCCCCGACCAUUGCCACCCUUUACACACACACAUAAACACACACAGACACAACCAUGCACACCUGGCUUGCCAGUCAAGGAGUCCUCAUAUGUGCAAGUCCCGCCCCCCCCCCCCCUACAUGCCUAGUCAAUCCGGACCUGACACUGUGCAGAGGAAAGCAGGGAGGAGGGAGGGGAGGAGGCACCCCUACACUGGACAGAGGAUGCAAACGCUGCUUUAAAAACAAACGAGAGAAACUCAGCACUAUUAUGCAAUAUUAAACCAGCCAACUAGUUAAUUUUCACCCUUAUUAGGCCCCCUUUCCAUUGCCCCUCCUAUCUGUUCUUCCCUGUGUCUCCUUUACUUGUGGCCUAGUGGGUGUUUUUCUUGUUUGUUUUUACUUUUGCUCCCCUUUGGCACAGUCUUUCUGUAUAGUCUACUAAUCUGCUCCUUUGCCAGCUACAGUACCUCAAGUCAGUUUGAGCAGCAGCACUUUUACAUUGUGUUGACUCUCCCCGGUGUUUCCAAUGAGGGAGCAGAGAAGAAGGAAGGGUCAGACUCUGGAGUUGGUGUUUGAUUUCUUUUGGAAUAUAGUUGUUUCGUUGGACCAGUUGCCACUUUUAUUUUUCCUCUUGUUUCCUCUUCUCUGUCACGUUUCCCUAGUGUGUGAAAUUACCGGUUUCUUUUUAUGGAGCAUCAUGUUCUUUGGAGCACACUGCCACCUGUUGGCGACGAGGUAUAAAUGCCCCUUUAAAGUCACAACAACAAGUUGUUGUCUUAUAAGGUUUCAGAUCAGUUUUGAUUUCUCUUUAGCAGCCAGCUGUCACAUUUAAACAGGCAGUUUAUAUUGGCUGAUAUAUCAAUUGCAGCCAUCUAUGAAUUUUAUUUAAAGUAUAACACUGUUAUUUGAUUCUGGUUGUUAUUUUUCUUCUACAUUAUGUGAAACAUUUUAUGAUUCUGACUUCUUUUUUGAAAAACUCAUUUAAAACCGUGUACGCUUAUGUUUUUAAUCUUAGUAGUUGUCAUGCAUUCGUUUCCCUCAGUGCUUUAUCUCACAUUUCCCUCUCAUGAGUUUGAGAUUGUGGGUAAAUAGAGAUCACGUCAAUGGUUUCCUCUAGUGCAAUAAUCAGUCGAACGAAGGGAAGGGGACUUAAGGGGACGUAAAUUGAUUUGAAAGUGAGUGUCCUCGAAAGGAGAACGGUUUGCCACUCGUUAGACACUUUCAUGUUUGUUCCUCUGUGAGACGAUUGAGCAGCAUGUUUUAUUAGUUUGCCCUAGGGCGUUGGGCAAAAAUGGUGCAACUGCAGUUUUGGUGAUUUUCAUGUUUUUACUUGAAUUGAAGGAUUUUAUGCUCCUCUGUGGUGUGAGGCUACUCUAUCAGCAUUGGGCAUGAUUUCAUAAUUCCUGAUCAUCAGUUUGCUAAUGAGGCUGAUUUUCUUCAUUCCUAAGAGUAACAAAGGUUUUCACCUCACAGCAGCAAAGUGGAGUUUAAAGGCCAUAAAGAGGUAUUAUUCAAGUGCCUGGUGUAUAACUUGUUAUAGGGAUCCUAUUUCAGUGGGUUAAAAUAAAACAAAUGGACAGCAUAAGAUGGUUUAAAGCAAGAAAGUUUCACCCGAUGCCUCUUAUUCUCCUGACUUUUCUACACAUUCUCAUUCAAAUCAUCCUAAAUUCAAUAUAUUUAUUGUUGCCCAUACAGCAGUGUUGGCUGUUGGCUUUGCUUCUGAGCAGUGUUCAAGUAAAGCAGGCCGAGUCGUGUUUUUGCUUAAUCUUCACCAGACAUGGAUCCAGCUGCUACAGUGUGUUUGUACCCAAAAGGCCGGGUUCAUGGGCAUGGAGUCGGCCGCGUCAUAAAUGAACUGUUUCUUUCAAUAGAAAUCCUGAGUCCAGGACUAUAGGUUUAUUUCCUGUCCGUGUAACCCGGCCCAAAAGUUGUCACUAGUUUCAGACCAAUGCCGAGGAGUUAUGUUAGACAGCUGACUAAUAAAAUGACAUGUGCACCUGGAUUGUAGUCACAACUUAGCUCCUUUGUGCCGCUGAAGCUAGUCUGGGGUGGGGGGGGUUAAAAGUUAUCUGCACUAAAAGAAGCUGUGUUUCGGGACCGAACACAGGUGUGGUGCUACUCUCUCUGAAUUAGAAUCUGAAGCUGAACCUCUGUAUGAGACUCUGGAUGAGUUGGCGGGUAGGGAAGUAGAAAAGAAAAUCCAGUAAAUCUCACUUGCUUAAGGACAAGAGAAGGUCCUACUGCUAUGGUUUAAGGGAGAUUUAGGAUUUUACUCGGUAGAUAUGAUCAGCAUUGAGAACCUGUCAAACGGUACAACGGCGGACGUUCCCUCGGGACGGUGAGGUAUAAUGCAGGGUCCUGCAUCCGCUGUUGCAUUUGCGUUUGCUGCCUUCCACUGCGGAAGCCAGUGGGUUUGAGCCUUGAUGAUUUCACCAGUGUCUGAAAGCCUUUUUAAAAGCUAGAUCGAAAGUAUAUUUGUACAUUUGAAAUGAUGUAAUGCACACCACUUAUUUUUGCUAACAGAAAAAAAAAAUAAAAAAAAGUAGUCUAAUUAUUAACCUUAGUAAUAAAUGUAUCAUGAUAAGUAAUGGUUAAAAAUGUAGAAUAACAAAGUUUUAUUAUUGCAAUAGACUGUCGACUAGUUCCCGUGUCACUGUAUGACGUAUACAUAGUUUAUGUGUGAACAGUGGUGGGGUUGUUGAAACUAGUGACGUGUGUUUGGACUGUCAUACUGUUAUUGAUAGGGAUGUGGACUUAAACCGCCUCUUGCUUUGAUGUUUGGCGGGGUGAAAAAAGCUGCAAGAUGUGGAAUGCUUAUUUCUCUCCUUUUUUGUGUGUGUGUAGAUGCUCGUACAGCCAGAGGUUUGUCGUAGAGGAAAGAAUCUCGAGUGAAAAUAUGACAUACUGUACUCCGGAAAAGGCUUUGUAUUAAGACGUUGCAUCCCUAGUGUGACGACAAACGGUGGAAUAGAAGAAAAGUCGAUUGAUAUAUAUUGAGCAGUGUCUGCUCUCGAAUGUUCUCGGGGGGUUUUCUCCAACUGGUGCUGAUGCCCGCUCCUUAUCAGGAGGGAGAGUGAAAAGGAAUGGGCAAGUGGUUUUUGAAAGUGUUGUUGAUCCAUUUCAAGGACACGUGUGAUCAAAGAAUGUCAUAACAAUGGGUAGUUCUUCUCAUUCUCAGUUCAUUCCUUUCUGUUAAAGCCUUGGGGGAUUUACGUCGGAUUGCAACCUCUGCUGCUUUCCUCAGACUCCUCUCUUUACCCGAAGCGCUUCAUGUGCUCAAAAAUAUAAAGACUUACCCUCCCGGUAAAUCUGUGGUGUGACAAAGCCUGUAAUCUUGUUGCUCUCUUUCCCCCUUUGCUCCCGAACAUUUACUCCCCUGUGCCAGGGGACUACAUUCCACAGCUGUACAAUCCCAUCUGAUCCCCCUUGGAAGCGUGCUAGAGAUUAGGGUUGAACGACAAUUGUGGGGGGUCUGGUCAGUAAGACAUAGUGGGUUCUGUUAUUCAUUCAAGUACGUGUGAUUAAGAUGGAAUCAAAGGUGACCAACGAUAACUUUUUGAGGCGGGUUAUGUUGGAAGUUGAACAAGUCUGGAGGUUGACUUUCGAGAAUUAAGAAUCCAUUUUUAACUCCCUAUCUCUGCUGUCGUUAAUGGAUUUUUUUUUUAUUUUUACUUUGUGUAUAAACUACACACCUGAGGGCAGUUGAACACAUGUUUACAUAGCAGAUGUGUUUGCCUCGCUUACAACUGAAAUGUCAUCAGCUCUGCUUUGCAAAUAUCAGCCAGUAGAGAAGUGACCUAACAUGAGCCAAGACCAUUUUGGGCCUGUGGAAGUGAACGCUCAAAGGGAUACGAAGACAUUAUUUAUUUGGUCAAUUUGUCCUCAACAGACAUCUGUGUUACACGGCAGGGGAAUAGACCUUGUUGGUCCUUCCAGUUCUAUUAAAAUGACUUUUUAGACUCGAUUGAAAUGAAAGGGUACACUUUCACUUAGCUUACAAUUAGAACUGCUAUUUGCUAACAAUACAGACAAGUCUUUCUAUUGAAGCUGAAGAACAAACAUCAUGCCCACAAAGCGACAACUGUCUGAUGAAGAAGAAUCGCUAAAUUAACUCCAAAAGGUCAAUGUCUCCCUUUUUGAGGAAUCGAUCAAUAUCCCUGAUUUUGGUUGCUCUCUAUUUGCAGUGGAAGGUAGCAAUGGAGUGAGAAAAAGUCCACAGAAAGUGCCUUUCCUCAUGAUGGUGCUGUAAAUUGAAAGAUAAAAUGUAAAAUCAAAGAAAUAGACUCUCCUUUUCAAGAACACAUUGCAAUGCAGGAACUGCUGCAUUUACACACACACACACACACACGCACACUCACUGUACACGUUUGUUUUUUAGGGAGGGCAAUGCAAACUCGUGUUUCAUGUAUUUAGACAUUAAGCCUACAUAGAAAUAGAAUAUAUGCCAAGUAUAUGGUUGUGGUUGAGCUUUCGCUUCCUAGUGCAUUUAGUGUCUUGGACCAAUGGUGUCGUUGGUACAGUGGAAUGUGCGUUUGGGAGGGUGGGUGUUGGGGCGGUUUGGGGUCAUAGCUGACAAUAGCGUGUUGUGACACAGCCCAGCCCACGAAUGACACACACACACACACACACACACACACACAGCACAGCACUUUAGAGACCGCAACUCUCACUCAGACACAUAGCCAAGAGGUUUCGAUCUCUGUCCCUUCAGUCCCCUUUCUUCCUCCCCAGGAGGAGGAGGAGAGGAUCCAAACCUCAGUGUAAACGAGUCGAAGGGAUGUGUGUUACCAAACCAAGCAGUCGGUCAUUAAAAGUGUGCCUCAUGCUCUCGUGACUUUGUUGGUGGCUCGGUUGAGUCAGCCUGCUCUCGGGUGGUGCUUUUCCCUCUGGAGUUCCCACUCGACACUUUGUUACAGCUAGGGCUGGGUGUCAAAACACGAUAUCGGUACCUCCCAGAUUUCGGCAUCAACAUUUUUGAAGCAUCUCAAGCUUAAUAAGAAAGCAGUUUGGAGGUUUUUACAACAGCGGAUUCUUGCACUGAGAGGCAAGGUUUUCUUCUUCAAGGGCAUUUUUACUAAGAAAAGCAUCAGUGGGAUAGAAACUAUAGAAACACUUCUUGAAAAGCAUAAAUGACAAACUCAUUCAGUGUGUUGCAUAGUGAAGUAUGCUUUUAUCCAAGUGUCAUUUUACAGCAGGUAUAAAGAUGAAAUAAACAGAACCAGUGUCAGUAUUGAAACUUUUUUCAAGAUGCCCAGCCCUAGUAGCAGCCCAUGGCAUUCUUUCAUCUAAGUGCAAUGCCCUGCCAUGUGUUUUGUCCCUGAUGGAGGGAAUGUGUGCCCAGCAGUAUCCCUGUCUUGAGCCGUUAGGGUGUUGAUUAAAAACCAAGGGUGUGUCUGUAGUUCUGUGGGUACCUUUUCAGUCCAUGGGGUGACAUCUUUCUAUUACAAGAGAUCUCAAAAAACACUGCACCUCACUUACCUUGGUAUGCUGCAUAUGUUAUACUACAUGAAAGAAAACUGCAAAUUGCUUUUAUUAUGACAUAUAAUGCUUGAGUAAUGCCUGAUUGCGAUAUUCUUAUACGGUAACUAUUUUAGAGUCAAAAUAAGUAUAACUGUAAAAAAAAAAAAAAAAAAAAAAUAUUCUCUGUUUUGUCUUAACACUUAUCCGAUUUUGAGAAACUGUUCUUGAGCCGACUUUUAUUUUGUUGUCCUAUUUAAAUGUGUCGUUCUUUAAAUUUAUAUAUGAAAUAUAUAUGUGCGGAAUAUUUUAUGGUGUAUUUAUUGAGAGUGCAUUCAAGCGGCUGGAGUCUCCGCAUCAUAUUGCAGCAUGGUGGGGGCGGAGCCAGGAGGAUGAGGCCUUUAGCCCCUCCCCCUCCAUGUUGACGCCUUAUUCUCCAAGACACGCAAGCACAACAAUAUGGAGGGGGCUGCGAGGUGGAGGAAAGGGAGGCGGUGGGUUUGACCUGGUGAUAGUCACAGGUCAACUCUCCCUCCUCUGUUCUUUAAUAUUCUUUAACCUCUUUUACCACCUGAGAAGGCCAUAUGCCAACCCCCACAUGUUGCAGUUCAUCUCUUGACGAAGGGAACCAUUUCUGAAACCCCACUGACCUGAGUGUUCGAAUAGCUGACUCUUUUUUUCAUCCCACGCUGCUAAUUGGUACGUUAGCCAUGUAAAUUCCCCGAGCCAGUAAAAAGGGCAGGCGGGAGAGCGUCAAUUAAAAAAAAAAAAAAAAAAAAAAAAAAGCAGCGGGGAAGGAAGGAAAUACUGUAUGUUGAAAAGGCAGAAUUCUUUGGAUCAUGGUGAAAAUGUUAGCGUUACUUCUUUCCUCUUACUUUUUUUUUUUUUUUUACAAUUUACAGCAGGAACAGGUCUCAUUCCACAAGAAAAGACAUGCCUCAGCCUUAAGUGCGUUCUUACAUUAUCGUCAGUUUCCUACAGUAUGUGACUUUGUGAUGCCUGUGUUGGGUGGCCUACCAAGAAUACAAGCCUAUAACGUACUUGAUAUGCCCUCAAUCCCCAACUGGCAUUCUCAUCUCUUCUCAUUUCUCAUGUAAACCACUAACACUGCUACAGAACUUACUGAGCUCUAAUGUACGAACAAGUGUAAGCUUUGACAGAUUGCUCCGUCCCAUUUGUAAUGAUGUCAGAACAGAAACAAGGUCCGGGUCAAACAGCAUUUGGAAACAAUUCUUGGCAUUUGUUUCAACCAGAUGAGCAGUGCUUACUGCCUCAGGACAAUUCCGAUAUCACCAUAAACAUUCUGAAUGACAUGGAAACAUUUUGCUAAUUUGAAUUUUAUUUACACUUCUCUGUAUUUGUGUAAGCGUAUUGGUUAUCAUUUUAUUGUCAUUGAUGGCAAAUCCAAAGAACAAUAUUUCAGAUACAGUUUGACCCGGGCCUGACAUGAACCAGGAGUGCUGGAUUACAGAAACCUGUGCCUGUAAAAUGAACCAAGGAUGAACUGCGUUUUGAUGAAUUGCUGUUCUUUUUUUUUUUUUUUUUUUUUUUUUGGAUGUCCCCUCACCCCAUUGGAGGAUCAGAGACAUGGAGCUUUUGAGUGUUGUUAAUUCUGUCCGAAAGGAAAUUGGUCCUUUAUCCUUUAAACCAACCAUAAUACAUGUUUACUGUAAUGUUUACUCUCAUGGCUAUCAGACCUGAUCAACCUGUUUUUGGCCCAUUAGCAUUCCAAUAAUGACUUUGAACCAAAUAUUGCACAAGAGAUUAGGCUCCUGGUGCCGUUUUCCCCUUGUAUACACAUAAUGGUUUUGAAGCAAGAUAUUUGAAAGUGUCCAAUAAUUUAAAACAUUUUAUGUGCACGCUGAUUGUUUAGAUUGUUUUGUUUUUUUCAAUGUAGCAUCACUCUUGUGUCGGUCUUAUUUCAAACUAAAGACCUUGGACUCUGAUACCUCCUGAGUGAUGCACCAGCAAACGGAUGUAUACGUUGAACAGUGAACCUUUACCACCAGAUGAUCCAUGUCUCAGUCUCUCUGUAUGUUGCAAAGGCUCUGUUGUACCAACAGCUCUAUUCCUCUCAGUUUUAAAUGUCUCUUUCUUUUGUAACUCUCUCUUAUAGGUUGUUGGCCUUUUUAGUGUUGCUUUGCUUCAGUUUGAAAUGUAUCUUUGACUAAUACUUGCAAUAAAAUGCUUUGCUUUA